GUUUUCCCGCGCUGCUCCGCGCAUGCGCAGCCUUCCGAGUGCGCGUGCGCCUACAGCUGCCGCCGCGCAUGCGCGGAGCUGCUUGUGGCGUCUCCCCUCCGGGGCGGGACGCGGCAGCUCAUCUGAUAUUGGUCACCCACAGAACCGGACAUGUGGAGAGUCAAAGAUGGGCUCUUGCGCUUCUGGCCCUGCCACUCCAUGCAGAUGGCGGGGCUGGGAGCUUCCCGACUCAUGAGCCGCUGCCUGCACCCAGAGUGGGCCGCUAUAGCUAAAAAGCAGCUGAAAGGGAAAAAUGCUGAGGACUUGAUGUGGCAUACUCCAGAAGGGAUCUCCAUCAAGCCACUGUACUCCAGCAGAGACACAAAGGACUUUGCUGAGGAGCUGCCAGGAGUGAUGCCUUUCACACGGGGGCCAUACCCUACAAUGUAUACGCACAGACCGUGGACCAUCCGCCAGUAUGCUGGCUUCAGUACGGUAGAGGAGAGCAACAAGUUCUACAAGGACAACAUCAAGGCUGGCCAGCAGGGAUUGUCGGUUGCUUUUGAUCUGGCAACCCACCGUGGCUACGACUCGGACAAUCCUCGAGUCCGCGGUGAUGUUGGAAUGGCAGGAGUUGCCAUUGAUACGGUGGAGGACACCAAGAUCCUUUUUGAUGGAAUUCCUUUAGAGAAAAUGUCUGUUUCUAUGACAAUGAAUGGGGCAGUAAUUCCUAUCCUGGCAAUGUUUGUUGUAACUGGGGAAGAGCAAGGAGUGCCUCAAGCCAAGCUGACAGGGACAAUCCAGAAUGACAUACUAAAGGAGUUCAUGGUGCGAAACACUUACAUUUUCCCUCCAGAACCAUCAAUGAGGAUUAUUGCAGACAUCUUUCAGUACACAUCAAAGCAUAUGCCAAAAUUCAAUUCCAUUUCUAUCAGUGGGUACCAUAUGCAGGAGGCAGGUGCUGAUGCCAUUUUGGAAUUGGCUUAUACUAUAGCUGAUGGUUUGGAGUACUGCAGAACUGGGCUGCGGGCUGGCCUCACUAUUGAUGAAUUUGCACCAAGACUUUCCUUCUUCUGGGGAAUUGGUAUGAACUUCUACAUGGAAAUAGCUAAGCUAAGAGCUGGGAGACGACUGUGGGCUCACUUAAUAGAGAAAACAUUUCAGCCCAAGGAGUCCAAAUCUCUUCUUUUAAGAGCUCAUUGUCAGACCUCAGGAUGGUCACUCACUGAGCAGGUUGGAAUUUAAAUUUCAGAUGACUUC